AAUUGCUCAUGUCAUGUUGAUCAAAAUGUAGUAAAUGGUUCUCUGUUGAAUAGUCUUACCCCUCAAAAUAUCUAGGCAUUAGUUCUUUGCAUAAGCCAUUACAUGCAAAAUUGUUGAACUAUUUGUCAUAAACUGUCAGGCAUAGUUUUACACAUUUUUUUUAUUAGACUUUUUGUACAAAGAUGUGAAUUGAUGAAUCGUGCAGGUGAAAUUGACCCUCACUCAAGGAAUGUAAAGUGUUAGUUCAACCAACAAUCAACCAGUUGUCUAAAUUGCUCAAAGGUGCAUCUCAUGAACAAUCAAUUGGGAAGCAUAUAUAGACAGACCACAACACAGAGUUGCAACUUUCCAACAAUGGAUGGACCAGGAAACGAACAGGGUCAACAGCCAGGAGGAAGAAGAGGAGCAAGGAUGCGUGGUGGAAGGCAAAACAGAGGACGAGGCAGAAGAGGACAUAGGCGCAUAUCUGAUGACAUAAGGGCCACUAUUGUAGACCAUGUUGUCAAUCAUGGCCUUACUAUGGCUGAGGCGGGUCGAAGGGUGCAGCCGAACAUUGGGAGAUCAACCGUGUCCUCAAUAGUUCAAACGUUUCGAAGAGAGAACCGGACAGCAAAAUUACCACAAACCGGUGGCAGAGGACGCCUUUUCACACCUCAACAGGAAGAGGCUAUAUGCACCAUGGUCCGAGCAAACAAUGCUAUGAGACUCAGGGAAAUACAAAGGACCAUUAUAGAAGACAACGAUGUCUUUGAAAACAUCCGUACUGUUAGCAUCUCAACCAUUGACAGGGUGCUGCAUAGAAACCAGAUGAGUAUGAAACAGCUGUACCGUGUACCAUUCCAAAGGAAUGAGGACCGAGUUAAGGAGAUACGGUACCAGUAUGUACAGCGUAUAAUGGAGUUGGAAUCAAGUGAACCCUCUCACAACUUUGUAUACAUGGAUGAGGCUGGCUUCAACCUGACCAAAUGCAGAAGGCGGGGUAGGAAUGUCAUCGGUCAGAGAGCUACUGUGGAUUUGCCAGGCCAAAGGGGAGGAAAUAUCACCAUGUGUGCUGCUAUUUCAGAGCAUGGCGUCCUAACCCAUAUCCCCCUUAUAGGACCAUACAACACCCAGCAUCUACUCAACUUUUUAGAGACUCUCUACAGGGCUCUCAUCCCUGAUGAUGAGAGGGGUCUGUUUAGAGAGGAUUUGCCAAAGUAUGUUGUCAUUUGUGAUAAUGUGAGUUUCCAUCGAUCAAACAUCAUAAGGCAAUGGUUUGUGACCCACCCGAGGAUGCUCAUAGAAUUCCUUCCACCUUAUUCUCCAUUCCUUAACCCAAUUGAGGAGUUCUUUUCAGCAUUGAGGUGGAAGGUGUAUGAUCAUCAGCCACACACACAGAUGACCCUGCUGGCUGCAAUGGAUGCAGCAUGUGAGGACAUCACAGUAGAUGCCUGCAGAGGAUGGAUAAGGCAUUCCAAAAGAUUCUUUCCACGUUGCAUUGGAAGGGAAAAUAUCCGGUGUGAUGUGGAUGAGAAUAUGUGGGCCGACAGACAGGAACGUCUGGAUGUGUAG